AUGGCUUUGCCUCCCUCUAUCGCAACUUUCCUUCCAAUCUUUGUCGUCUUCGCUUCUGUGAUAUAUCCUUUGAUACUCGCAGCGAGGCCUAGCUCUUUAGUCCAACAUUUCGUGAACGUUGUCGAAGAAAUGGUUGUUAUUCUGGACAGUCGCAGCCACCUACCUGAUAAUCUCCAGUACAGCCGGCUCAGGCAUCAGUCAUGUAUCCUAGCCCGGUCUUUGUGUUUUGCGAACCAUACCUUCUCCUGGUCGGACCAUCACUCGUGGGGUCUAUAUCUUUCUAGGGUGGUUAAAGUCAUUCGAGAUCUGCUAAACAGUCAACGAAGAUUUCUCGUUUUGCAAAAAGAUAUAGAGGAAGCCAUUCUUGCUAUUGAAGAGGAAAGAUUACGCGCUGAAGCCGAAAUAGCACGACAGUGUAAUGGCACCGCGACUCUGUAA